AUGUUUGGAAACCUUUUUAAUUACUUUAUCGAUUUUGAUUUUUAUAAUGAAUUGGAUUUAAUAAAUUAAUAAUAAAUUCUCAAUAUAUGGCAUCUUAUUUAGAAGCAAUAUUUAUAAGAAAUACAUAAGAUGUUGAAAACUAAUUGCUUAAAUAAAAGUUUUGUAAAGUUUUAGGCUUCUUAAAAUAUGAUUAGAGAUUAUUUCCUAGUGAAAUUACAAUUUUAUUAAAUGGAAAUUCAGAACUAAUUUUCAUUAAAGAUGGAGAUGUUCUAUAGAUGUAAGGAACUCACUUUAAUUUUAGUUAAAAAUACAUUGAUUAUAAUACCAUACAAAAUAUUCAUCCAAAUUUUGAACAACUAAAGAGUUUAUUUUGGGUUGGCUAAACUAAUGAUAAGGGAUAAAAGAUUGGAAGAUGGAAUGCCUUUUGGAGAGGUGAAAACCUCAAUGUUGGUGGAUUUUACAAUGAUGAUGGGGAAAAAAUUGGAUAUUGGAUUGAAUUAUUUGAGAAUUAUUGGGAGUAAUAAUUCAAUAAAAUAUAAGUAAAGCUAGGAUAACAUACUAAGGUGAAUAUAUUAAAGGAUAAAAACAGGGAUUUUGGAAAAUUCUUUUUGUUGAUAUUGAGAUGUAUAUUAGAAUUAACUAUUAAAUUAGUGGAGGUGGGAUGUAUGUUGAAGGAGAAAAAACAGGAGCAUGGGUUGAGGUUUUUGAAAAUUUUAGUAGGUAAUCAAUUCAAUAACUUGUAGUUGGUGCAAAAUUAUAUAGCGUGGAAGAUAUAAGAAUGGGAAGAAAGUAGGAGAAUGGACUCAAAUUUUUAAGGAGAAAGUAGUGUAUAUUUAAUUUCUUUAUAAAAUUAGAGGAAUUGGAACUUAUGAUGAAAAUUAAGUAAAGGCUGGACGUUGGGUUGAUUUGCAUGAAAACUUUUUUGAGUAUAUUAGAAACUAAAGAAAUUAGUUGGUGUUAAGUCACAUAUUAAGGAAAAUAUUAAAAAGGAAUAAAAAAAGGGGAAUGGAAAGCAAUUUUUGAAGAAAAAAUAAUGUUAGAAUUUUAUAAUGUUUCUAGUGGUAAAGGAAAUUUCAAUGAAGUAGGAUUAAAGGAUGGGGAUUGGGUUGAGGUUUUUAAAAACUAUUCUAUGUAACUAUUUUAUUAAUUUCUUAGAAAUAGUUAGAUAACAUAUAUAGGAUAAUACAACAAUGGGAAACCAUGCAAAUAGCUAUAUAUAUCUAAUUAAAAGGAUAUGAUGUAUGAUUUGAAAUAUGAUAAAAAGUGGAGGUGGUAGUUAUAAUGAAAAUGGAAUGAAAAAUGGUAAAUGGGUAGAAUUGCAAGAAAAUUUUUAUGAGUUAUCCAUACAUAAUUAAAAAAUAAUAGUUUUGGUAAAGUGACUUAUGAAGGGGUGUAUAACAAUUAGAAAAAAGAAGGAAAAUGGUAAUACAUUUAUAAUAAAAAUGUCAUGUAAUUAUGUUUUUUAUAUAUAAUUUAGAGGUGGAGGGGUUUAUUCAUUUGGAGUAAAGAAUGGUAAUUGGAUUGAAUUACAUGAACAUUUUUCAGAGUAAAUUAAUAAAUUUGUAUAAAAUAAGUACAUGUUAAGUGAGUUUUAAAGGAGAGUACAAAAAUGGAAAGAAAUUUAAAAAAUGGGAUACAAUUUAUUAAUAUAAUAUUAUGUAAAAAAUUUGAUUAUAUUUUUUAGAGGAGGAGGUUAAUAUGAUGAAAAUGAAUAUAAAACUGGUAAAUGGAUUGUCUUAAAUGAAAAUUUUGGAAAGUAGAAAACAUUGUUAUAAAAUUUCUAGUCUUAGUUAAGUUAUUUGGAGUGGAUAAUACAAAAAAGGAUGUAAAAUUGGAAAAUGGGAUAUCUUUUAUAAGUAUGAAAUAAUGUAUGUAUAUCAAAUUUAUUAAUAAAAUAGUGGAGGAGGAAUUUAUGAUUAUAAUGGUAUAUAGUAAGGUCAGUGGAUUGAAUUACAUUAACAUUUUUGGGAGUAAAGAUUUAUUUAACGUUAAGUUAAUAAUAAAUUAAAUAUAGUGGAUUAUAUAAGGAUGGAAUAAAAUAAGGAUAUUGGGAGAUGAUUUAAUAUAUUACAAAAAUGUAGUUUAAAAAUAUCAUUAAAUUUAGUGGAGGAGGAUUUUAUGAUUUAAUUGGAAUGAAACAAGGUAAAUGGAUUGAAUUGCAUCAAAAAUUUAUAAAGUAUUUGUUUAUUUAUUAAGUAAAAGAAAUAAUCUUUUUUUUAUUGGUUCAUAUAUAGAUUCAAGAAAAUAUGGGAAUUGGGAAGCAAUAUUAGAUUAGAAAUUAAUGUUAUAUAUAUACAUAAUUAUGAUAUUAGAGGAUGUGGUUUUUAUGAUGAUAAUGGAUUAAAAAAUGAAAAUUGGAUUGAUUUACAUGACCCAUUUAUGAAGUAUGGAAUAUUAAUUGAUUAUAGUACUGGUAUUAGUUAUUUGGGCAGAUAUAAUAAUGGAAAGAAGUCGGGAAAAUGGAAUACAUUUUUUUAAAAUAAGUAGAUGUAAAAUGAGUUGAUUAUUAAUAUAUAUAUAUAGAGGAGGAGGGUAUUAUGGUGAUAAUGGAUAUAAAAAUGGAAAGUGGAUUGAAUUAGAUGGUGAUUAAAACAAAAAUAAAGAUUAAAUAAGAACAAAGGAGACAGAAUAUAAAAAUGGUUUAAAGUAGUGA